GAUCCUCACCAACAGAACCUGUUUCUAAAGAGAUCCCUACCAACAGGACCUGCUUCUAGAUCCUUUGAUACCAGGAUCCAGACCAGCUUCCUGCCUUCUUUGCCAUCAGGAGACCUGGCCCUCUACACACCUGGAUCCCUCCCAGCCAUGAGCCAGACAGAAGUGUCCACCUGCUCGGUCCCUCACACCCAACGGGUGUUCCAGGAGGCUGUAAGGAAAGGUAACACCAAGGAGCUCCACUCUCUUCUCCAGAACAUGACCAACUGUGAGUUUAACGUUAACUCCUUUGGCCCAGAGGGGCAGACAGCAUUGCACCAGUCUGUAAUUGAUGGCAACCUGGAGUUGGUCAAGCUGCUGGUGAAAUUUGGAGCCGACAUCAGACUGGCCAACAGGGACGGUUGGAGUGCUCUGCACAUAGCGGCCUAUGGGGGCCACCAAGACAUUGUCCUCUAUCUCAUCACUAAGGCCAAGUAUUCGUCCAGCAGUCGGUAACUGCCCGCAGGACAAGCCUAGACAUUCCAUCACUUCCUGUUUUAUGGGGGUUUAAAUCAUUUUUGUUGUGUAUGUUUUAAGAUUUUUUUUUUUUUUAAUAUUAAAGAGGCUCCGCUGCUUAAGGUUUCCAAACAAGGCUUGUGAUUUUGGAGGGUGUAUCCCCAAAUAUGUUUUCAUCGGAUCCUUUUCAACUGCUGGUUACUAAAUAUUUUUUAUCUUCCUUACAGCUGUUAGGUUUAAAAAAAAAAAAAAAGUUAUAUUUUUCCAUAAGGAACUUUAAUUUUCUAUUAUAUUAGGUACAAAAAAAAUAAUUCUGAUUUUUGUUUUCCAUGGAAAGUGACUCCUGCCUCUUUGUAUGUAUGUCUUUUUUUAUUUGCUGUUUGACAUGAUGAAGCUGCUCUUUGGUCUCCAGGUUUUAGGAAGUUUGGGGCCCACAAAGAUACAUUUUAUUACUUUUUAUUUUGUUUUUAUGUCCUUUUUUUCAUUUUUUUUUUUACAUCUACCUCGACCUUAAGCACAGUAUUUCGAAAAAA